AGUUCUGUCUACUCUGCCUACCUCUAAGUAUUUUACUUGUAUGCAUGGAUAUAUACCAUAAUGCAGUGACCUAUGAUGACGUGCAUAUCAACUUCACUUGGGAAGAGUGGACUUUACUGGAUCCUUCACAGAAGAGUCUCUACAAAGAUGUAAUGCUGGAGACCUACAGAAACCUCACUACUAUAGGAUACAGUUGGGAGGACCAUAAUAUUGAUGAACAUUGUCAAAGUUCUAGAAGACAUGAAAGGUAA